UGCGGCGCCGAGCGGACGCCAUGGGCCGCCUGCACUGCACGCAGGACCCCGUGCCCGAGGCCGUGGGCGGCGACAUGCAGCAGCUGAACCAGCUGGGCGCGCAGAAGUUCUCAGCCCUGACGGAAGUACUCUUCCACUUCCUAACUGAGCCAAAAGAGGGGGAAAGGUUUCUGGCUCAGCUCUCUGAAUUUGCCACCACCAACCAGAUCAGUCUCGGCCCCCUCAGAAGCAUCGUGAAGAGCCUCCUCCUGGUUCCAAAUGGUGCCUUGAAGAAGAGUCUCACAGCUGAGCAGGUCCGAGCUGAUUUCAUAACUCUGGGUCUCAGUGAGGAGAAAGCCACUUACUUUUCUGAAAAGUGGAAACAGAAUGCCCCCAUCCUUGCUCGAUGGGCCAUAGGUCAGACCCUGAUGAUUAACCAGCUUAUAGAUAUGGAGUGGACAUUUGGAGUGACGUCUGGGAGCAGCGAACUGGAAAAAGUGGGAAGUAUUUUUUUACAAUUAAAGUUGGUGGUUAAGAAAGGAAAUCAAACUGAACAUUUAUACAUAGAAUUAACCUUGCCUCAGUUCUACAGCUUCCUGCACGAGAUGGAGCGAGUCAGAGCCAGCAUGGAGUGUUUCAGCUGAUGUCUGUCCCCCUGCAUCUCCACCUUGCCCCCUCCCUGCCCCCUCCUACUCGCCGGUGACUGCUCAGAGAGACCUCUCGCUCCCAGCCCUGUGGCCGCUCCCUUGGGCCUGCUUGCCUCUUGGGAGCCCAGGUGCAAAGGUUUCUGAAAAACAAAGGAUUAAGUACUUAAGGAGCCUGAUAGGCUGGUCCUGAAGAGUCUUUGUUGAGGGACCCUCCACGACCUAUCUCCCUCUCCCAGGUCACCGUUUAGAUAUUCAGAGAAGCGAUUGCAUCUCAGAUGCAGGGGAGGAAAUAAGUUGAGUCACCUCCCUUUCAAAGUUCCAGAGUAAACAAAUGGUCUAUCGCCCCUCAAGAUACACACUGAUGACCUUCCCCGCAAAAGAACAAGGACUUAUUUAUGGCUGAGGAAGAGGUGGACUCCGUGAAUGACACAUGGGGGAGCCCCCAGCGGAGUUUGUAUGUUUGUGGUGGUGGUGCUUUGCUGAUCAGUCUUUAGUGGACACCUGUGUAAGAACACAUGCUGGGUCUGCUCUGAAAAAAACUGAGGCUUCACUUCAGGUUUUGCCCUGUUGUGUGUAACGAGGUGGGCCUUCUGAGGCGAUUUCAGCUUGUUUUGGUUCAGGCUGACCCUCUCUGGUGGUUAGAAGAAUAAAAAAGGUUCUGAAGAACA